CUGGUAUCCGCUUUUACCACAAAACAUUUCUGCAGAUUUUGGGGGCUGUUGUUUGCUAAUGUGGAGCUAUCCUUUUACUAUAAGUCAUAUUUUAAUUUUACAAACAGGACAAGAAACAGAUAAAGAAAUGGAAGGCGCUCUUGAUGAUGUAGCAAAACAAUUGGAUAAACAAGCACUGGAGGAGAAGGAAAAAGAUGAUGAUGAUGAAGAUGGAGAGGGUGAAGGAGAUGGAGCAACAGGGAAAAAGAAGAAGAAGAAGAAAAAGAAGAAAGGACCUAAGGUCCAGACAGAUCCACCUUCUAUUCCAAUAUGUGAUCUAUUUCCCAGCAACUUAUUCCCAAAGGGAGAAGAAUGUGAAUACCCACCAACACAAGAUGGGCGAACUGCUGCUUGGAGAACAACUAGCGAAGAAAAGAAAGCUCUAGACCAAGCCAGCGAGGAAAUCUGGAAUGAUUUUCGGGAGGCUGCAGAAGCACACAGACAAGUGAGGAAAUACGUUAUGAGCUGGAUAAAACCUGGGAUGACAAUGAUAGAAAUCUGUGAAAAACUAGAAGACUGCUCACGUAAGCUGAUAAAGGAAAAUGGUUUAAAUGCAGGUCUUGCCUUUCCUACUGGGUGCUCUCUGAAUAAUUGUGCCGCCCACUACACUCCCAAUGCUGGAGAUCCAACAGUCCUGCAGUACGACGAUAUUUGCAAAAUAGAUUUUGGGACACAUAUUAGUGGUCGUAUUAUUGACUGUGCUUUUACAGUCACGUUCAAUCCAAAAUAUGACAGACUAUUACAAGCUGUAAAGGAUGCCACAAAUACUGGAAUAAAGUGCGCUGGAAUAGAUGUACGUCUCUGUGAUGUGGGGGAGGCCAUACAAGAAGUUAUGGAAUCUUAUGAAGUUGAAAUUGAUGGCAAAACGUACCAAGUGAAACCAAUUCGCAAUUUGAAUGGACACUCGAUUGGGCCAUAUAGGAUACAUGCGGGAAAAACGGUACCCAUUGUGAAAGGAGGAGAAGCCACAAGAAUGGAGGAAGGUGAAGUAUAUGCUAUAGAAACCUUUGGGAGCACAGGAAAGGGUGUUGUUCAUGAUGAUAUGGAGUGUUCUCAUUACAUGAAGAACUUUGAUGUUGGGCAUGUGCCAAUAAGGCUUCCAAGAGCAAAACACUUGCUAAACGUUAUCAAUGAAAACUUUGGUACUCUUGCCUUCUGCCGCAGAUGGCUAGAUCGCCUGGGAGAGAGUAAAUACCUAAUGGCAUUGAAGAACCUGUGCGACUUGGGUAUAGUGGAUCCAUAUCCUCCCUUAUGCGACAUUAAAGGCUCAUACACAGCGCAGUUUGAGCACACUAUACUGUUGCGCCCAACGUGCAAGGAGGUUGUCAGCAGAGGGGAUGACUACUAAACUCAAAGCCACCUCAGCACCUUUAUACUCUAGGCUUUGUUGGAACAUACUAUACAAGAAUUAAUUUGCAACACAUUGUCUGUUUUAACAGUGGACUGAUGUAAUACCUUCCAUAUUUGGAAAGGAAGGAAUUUAAUCAAAGGCAAGUCUCCUAAUGUAACUAACCCAGGAAAAAGCUUUCAGGCCUUUAGAAAUAUUUCAAAAGUUACUUAUUUUUUCUGUUCAG